AUGGGAGAGAUUCUCGUAGAUAGACGGAAAGUCGGUAUCAACGUCGCCGGCUCAGCCCGGAUAUCCCGAAGUGCUGUUCCUCAUCUGAUGUUUCAUGGUAUCGGGUACAUCUCAAGUAGAAAGUUUGCAGCUCCCACUUUCUAUCUCUGGGCGUGGCACGUGUCUGGUGGUGAUAGUCCUAGUGCUUCUGCCCCGGCUUUUACAGGUAAUUCGACGGAACGCAUUGCGAAUAGGUUGGGAGACGGAGACCAGCUGCCGAUUCAAUGGUGUUUACUCAACUGUUUGUGUAGUAUGCUACGGUUACGAUUGCUGAUAGUGCCGGUAUUGUCGGAGAACGGAGAUUUCAUCGCAGCACUCUUGAUGCCGCUGCAGCAGUCAAAGUUGCAGCCGGAACAGCCAAAAGCGACGAGAGUUUCCAGUAAUCAAAGUUGCGGGGGACAGAACCACUCUAUACGUCACAGAUCAGCCGAGUACGACAUUCGCUUCAGACCUCUCAGGCUCCUCAGCUUCACCGAGUGGAUCUCGCCAGGCGCCGGUGGUCCGGAAACCGGCGGAAGUGAUUCCGGAAGAAGGACCCACUCUUCCAAUGUGCCGCAAGGCCGCAAGGCCAAAACGCCACCAACCCUGGUCGGUGCACUGAUCGCCGGUUGUGCGAGAGACUGA